AUGGCAGACCAUGCAUUUGCACUUCGGACAGAAUUUACUAAAGGACUUCCAAAGAUCUCUUCAUCUUCAUCCAUCUCAGAUAUGAGAAUCACCGAAUCUCAAAAGUUGAAAGUCCUCGUGGCCGCAAAUGGAAGCAAAGAUGUCGCACAAGCUCUUGCACUCGUUGUGCGAUUAUCCAAGAAUCCUAAAAUCGAAACUCGAGCCAUCAUCGACGAAGAGACAUGGCCAUCGUAUCGAUUAUCCCAGGAAACAUUGGCAUACCAAAACAAGAAAUUCCUGACAAGGGAGACGGACGAGCCACAGAAAGGCAUAGAACGAGAUCAAAUCGAAUAUUGUCGACAAGAGGCCUUCGAAUUGUGUGACUGGGCAGAUAUACUUGUACUGGCACCCGUUGAUGCCGACACGUUUGCGAAAAUGUUGCACGGCAUAACCGAUUGUCUGUUGCUUGAAAUUCUCCGUGGGUGGGACGUAUCCAAAAAGAUAUUACUUGUACCAGGAAUGACAACAUCUAUGUGGGAGAAUCCGAUCACGAAGAAACAAUUGAAUAAAGUAAGGAGAAAGUGGCAAUGGGUUCGAGUUAUGCAACCAAUACUGUGGCAUUAUGAUGCAAAGGGACCUGGGAAAUGUUUCGUGGGUUGGGAUGGAUUCAACGAACUUGUCGACGUUAUCAAAAAUCAAGCGGAACUCUUGACAAUUGGACAUGACGUGGAUAUUGCUGCUUCUGGUGCUGCCAGUCUCGCAAGAUACAAUAUGAAGACGGAUGCGCUUCUUCCACCAGAGAUAUGGUCCCUCAUUUUCGAAUAUGUAGGGGAUUGGGAGGUGUCGAGAGCGCUUAACGUUUAUGCCAAAAUUCCGAGACCAGUCGAAUGGCAACGAAAGCCCGGUGAUGCGAAAGACGAAUUACAAACUUAUAUGCGAUCACUCGAAUGGAUUAUCCUUACAUCUCCCGUCUGCAAGAUCAUCGACAAACUAAAUACAGCACCCCAAAAUAUGCGAGAGCUUUCCCCAUUAUGUGUCAAACUCAUAAUCAAAUUCUGUCUCACAAAAGUUCUCUCAUAUUUGGAAACAAAAUUGAAGGACGUUUUUUGGGCUACUUUUGGACAAAAACUUAUACCCACCAAAGCGUCUGCGGUUUAUGGACGCACCGAAAUUCUGGAAUGGUGGCGCACAUCUCCCUCUUUUCUUUCCAAGGAUUAUACUGCAGAAGCAAUCGAUGGAGCCUCAAAAUCAGGAUACGUACAUGUUCUCGACUGGUGGAGAAAGUCCGGACUCCCCCUAAAGUAUACAGAAUUGGCGCUAGAGCAGGCAUCCUCCAAAGGACAUAUGCUAGUUCUCGAAUGGUGGAAGCAAGCAAGCCUUCCCCAUAACGAAGCCGAAAGACGAACUCGACACGCAGAAGCUACAUCGAACACCUCCGAUGUCCUGCCGGCUCUACAACUCAAACCUGGUAAAGCACUUUUAGCCGCUGCGCAAAACAAUAAAGAUCUCGUUCUUCGCUGGUGGGAUAAUUCCGGUAUUCCAGUCGCACACUCUGAAUCCGUAGCCAAAGUCGCGUCGGCUCAUGGUCAUGUUACGUGUUUAGACACGUGGCGCGAACUCAAGGGCGAGAAACUCGCCUUUGAUAGUCAGGUUCUAGUGGGUCCUACGAAAAACGGUCAUGUAGAAGUUCUGGAAUGGUGGGCAAAUCUGAGUCAAAGAUCGGAUGGACGGCCGGGUGGAAGAGUCGAAUAUAAGACUUGUGAUAUUGAGGAGGCGCUCGAAGAUAGUGUGGGGAAUGAGGGUGAAGAGUUGGAGGUUAGGAGGUGGUGGGCGAAGAUGGGGUUGAAUUUGGGGGGUCGGUUAGUGAGUGGACGAGGGUUAAGGUUUUGUAAAUAG